CCGGUUAUGAUCGAUAUCCAAUCACGGUCAAAGUAUUUUUAUUUUGAAGGACGGUAUGAAGUUCUCCUAUAAAAACCUGAGCAAUGUUUAUUGUGGCUGGCCAAAAUUUGGAUUACUCGAAAUAUAAAGGCAAACCAGAAUCAUGUGGAGAUUAAAGAUUGCAGAAGGGGUUGACAGCCCUUAUCUCCAUAGCACCAACAACUAUGUGGGCCGGCAAACUUGGGAGUUCGACCCGGAUUACGGCACGCCGGAGCUCCGGGAAGAGGUCGAGAAGGCCCGUCAAGACUUCUUGGCCAACCGACACCGGGUCAAGCCCUGUAGCGACCUCCUCUGGCGGAUUCAGAGCCUUGCCAUGUUGCUGCAACCUCAUUUUUUGUGCUCCAUCGUCUCGCCAAUCGGAUCUUUCGGCUUCCAUUCGGACUAUUCCGGGAAAAAUCACUACUUCCCCUUCAAUUUCCGGCGCCGUCCGUGCACCUUCACUAAAUUGCUUGUCUAUCCUUUUUCCUCACCUCAAGACGAUUUCAGCACCCUCGACCGCGUUGAUUCUCUGAUGAGCCCAUUUCGUCGUCCUCCGUUGAGUUUGAGUGAGUCCCGACUUCAAGAAACAAUUUUAUUGAUGAAUGGAAUUGGAGAGUCUAGCUGCUGUGUAUGGUGUGGGUCACCCAUUUACACUAAUGUCAUCAUUGAACUGAAAUUGCAGUUCUUGCAUGAAAAGAAUUUCAGACAGACAAUACCUCAAUUUAAGGUGGCCGAAGGCCAAGAUAUAACCUACGAGGCGGCCACCACCGCACUCCGGCGAGCUGUCCAUUUCUUCUCAGCCCUGCAAGCGAGCGACGGCCACUGGCCAGCAGAAAAUGCUGGCCCAUUGUUCUUUCUUCCACCUAUGGUUAUGAUUCUGUACAUUACUGGCCACCUCAACUCUGUUUUAUCAGCAGAGCAUCGUCGAGAGAUUCUACGAUACAUUUAUUGUCAUCAGAAUGAAGAUGGUGGGUGGGGUUUACACGUUGAAGGCCACAGCACGAUGUUCUGUACAGCCCUUAACUAUAUCUGUAUGCGUAUAUUAGGGGAAGUGCCAGAAAACAAUAAUGCGUGCGCUCGAUCAAGAAAAUGGAUACUCGAUCAUGGGACCGUGAAAGCAAUACCUUCCUGGGGAAAGACUUGGCUUUCGAUAUUGGGCGUGCUCGACUGGUCGGGAUGCAACCCGAUGCCCCCUGAAUUUUGGCUUCUGCCGUCUUUUUUCCCCGUGAAUCCAGGAUCAAUGUGGUGUUAUUGCCGAAUGACGUACAUGACAAUGUCCUACUUAUACGGCAAGAGAUUUGUAGGUCCAAUUACUCCUUUUAUUUUACAGCUAAGAGAGGAGUUGUAUAGUGAGCCUUACGAAGAAAUUAAUUGGAGGAGUGUUCGUCACCUAUGUGCAGAGGAGGAUCUGUAUUAUCCUCAUCCAUGGAUACAAGAUUUGAUGUGGGAAAGUUGUUAUUCAUUAGCCGAGCCCCUAUUGACCCGUUGGCCUCUCAACAAGUUGAGGGAAAAAGCUCUUCGAGUCACAAUGAAACAUAUCCAUUAUGAAGAUGAAAGCAGCCGAUAUAUAAACAUCGGAUGUGUUGAGAAAGUACUGUCCAUGUUGGCAUGUUGGGUCGAGGACCCCAACGGUGAUCAUUUCAAGAAACAUCUCGCGAGACUUCCCGAUUACUUAUGGGUUUCUGAAGAUGGCAUGAAAAUGCAGAGUUUUGGCAGUCAAUCGUGGGAUACGAGUUUCGCCAUACAAGCUCUGCUGGCUAGUGAUCUUACUAGUGAAAUAGCCAACAUUCUCAAGAGAGGGCACGACUAUAUAAAAAAGUCUCAGGUCAAAGAAGAUCCUUUGGGUGACUUUAGAAGUAUGUACCGCCAUAUUUCAAAGGGGUCGUGGACAUUUUCAGACCAAGACCAUGGAUGGCAAAUUUCUGACGGUACUGCUGAAGGGCUGAAGUGUUGCCUUCUCUUGUCUAUGUUGCCUCCUGAAAUAGUUGGAGAGAAAAUGGAAACCGAUGGACUCUACAAUGCUGUCAACGUAAUACUUUCUUUGCAGAGCAAAAAUGGUGGUGUGAGUGGAUGGGAGCCUACACGAGCAUGGAAGUGGUUGGAGCUGUUGAACCCUAUGGAGUUUCUAGCCAAUAUCGUCAUCGAGCAUGUGUAUGUGGAGAUCACUUCAUCGGUAAUCCAAGCGUUGGUUCUGUUUAAGAAGUUUUACCCAUUGCACAGAAAGGAAGAAGUCGAAGUCUUUAUCAGAAAAGCCGUGUCCUUCCUGGAAGAUAUCCAAAAUUCGGAUGGUUCUUGGUACGGAGAGUGGGGAAGUUGCUUUACUUACGGUGCAUGGUUUGCACUGGGAGGGCUUACAGCAGCUGGUAAGAGCUAUAGCAAUUGUAGUGCCAUUCGAAAAGGAGUCGAUUUUCUGCUAAAAUCACAAGCUGGUGAUGGUGGGUGGGGUGAAAGCUAUCUAUCCUGCCCAAAGAAGGUAUAUGUGCCGCUUGAAGGAAACCGGUCGAACUUGGUUCAAACUGCAUGGGCAAUGAUGGGCUUAAUUCACUGUGGCCAGGGUAAUAGAGACCCAACACCCCUUCACCGGGCAGCAAAGCUUCUGAUCAACUCUCAACUGGAAAACGGUGAUUUUCCUCAGCAGGGAAUGACAGGGGUUUUCAAGGAAAAUUGCAUGUUACACUAUGCAUUAUACAGGAACAUAUUCCCAAUUUGGGCUCUUGCUGAUUAUCGCAGAUGUAUUUCACCCUCAUAUGUUGGUUUUGCGCUCUAAGAGCUAUCUAAUAGCAAAGGCAUUAUCAGGUUAUGCUAUAUGUAUUUGUGGAAUAAAUUGAUCGUUUCUUUCUUAUACUGUAUGAUCAUGUAAACAUGUUAUGCUAUAUGUAUUUGUGUAUUUAUUGUGCGACUCUUAUUCUCCUUUUUAGGAAUUUUUAUUCUUUACUUGUGGGGGUUGUGUAGUUUAUUGUAUUGUGCUGUAUUGUAUUCUCUCCUUUGUGUAGUCCUACCUAGGCUAUCUUUGUGCAGUCAUCUCACUAAGUUCAGUUGUGUGUCUGCUUAGCUAUUUCUGGCUGUUGUCUAGAUG